AGGCAGCCUCAGUCAGUGAGCUGUAACCUGAGCGCUGCUCCACUUUCUAUUGGCCGAUCGGGUUACAGAAGAAGAAAACAGUCGAGACAGAAGAAGAAGAGAUGAAAGAAAAGGAGAGAAGUGAGGAGGAAAGGAAGCGGUGAGAAUAAACAAGAGAAACAGCUGAACAUAAAACCUGAAGGGAAUGAAAGAGAGCUGCAGGAAAAGAAGAGAAGAAGAAAAGAAACUCAUAUAGAGGAAAGGGAAAAAAGAGUCAACUGGAAUAAAAGAGAGAGAAGAAGAAACAACACUAAACCAGAAGAAGACGUGAUGUGAAUAAAGGAGAAGAAGAGAACAAAAUGUCUGACGACAGAAAAGAAGAAGAGGAAGAGGAAGAGGAGGAGGAAGUGACCUGUCAGCCCCUGCCCCCUCGCCCCCCCUCUCUUGCCGCGGACACAAUGACAUCACUGAGGAGGCGGGACCUGGCGUGCAUCGUGUGCUUCGGCAGCUACGACCUGGCGACGCGGUUGCCACGGCGACUGCACUGUGGCCACGCCUUCUGCCAGGCCUGCCUGAAGAGGCUGGACACGGUCAUCAACGAGCAGGCGUGGAUCCCGUGUCCUCAGUGUCGACAGAACACGCCCCGGCCCAGAGGAGGCGCGGCGGGUCUGGACCUGGACCUGGCCUCCUUCCUGGGGGUGAAGGCCCAGCAGACCUCCUCCUGCUGCCCGUCCGCGGCCCAGGACGGGAAGCCGUGGCUGGGCAAGGAGCUGCCCGACGACAGCUGGUCCCACGGAGGUCUGGCGGAGCCGCGGUUCCACCGCUACGGGAGCUGCUGCCCGCCGCCGUCCUAUUGGCUGUGCUGCUUAUUCUGUUGCCCGGGGCGGGGCUAAGGCUGACCAAUGAGAGCGCUCGCUUUAGUUGUUCUUUGUAUUCCAAGUAGUGUCAUAAAAACGCUUUAAUAAAACAACAUGUGACGUGUU